AUGUCGGACACCCCUGGCGCUGUCCCCGCGCUCGUCACGGCACCACGCUUUGCCCAGCAGCUCAGGAAGGACACGGGCGGCGUGCUGCACAUCCACCACAACGUGGAGGCUCUGCCCGCGCGCCAGCAGCCCGCAGCUUCCAGGGAUAAGCGCCAGGAAGCUGGCUCCACCGGGCAGGAGGACGAGGAGAGGGAGCACGAGAGGCUGAAGGACACGGAGCCCCGCGGCAAGGGGACGCAGGCGACCGAGCUGCUGGAGAUCCGGCGCAAGGGCGCCAAGCGGGGCAGCCAGCGCUACAGCGAGCGCACGUGCGCCCGCUGCCAGCAGAGCCUGGGCCGCGUGAGCCCCAAGGCCAACACCUGCCAUGGCUGCAACCACUUGGUGUGCCGGGACUGCCGGGCCUACAGCCCCAACGGCUCCUGGCGCUGCAAAGUCUGCACCAAGGAGGCAGAGCUGAAGAAGGCGACGGGCGACUGGUUCUACGACCAGCGGGUCAAUCGCUUUGCCAACCGGCUGGGCAGCGACCUGGUGCGGCUGUCCCUGCGGUACAAGUCGGCAGCCAGCAAAAGGGAGACGGUGGGACAAACCCUCCUCCAGAAGGCCCAGCUCAGCGAUCCCAAAAGCUCCUCUGCAGCCCAGCGGAAGAGCCCCCAGGAGCCAAGGAAGGGGCCCAGUUUGUUUCCCGAUGCCUCAGACCCUCGGGAUGGCAGGAGUGACACCGAGUCUGUGGAAAACAUGAGCCUGGACAGCUACAGAGCCAGUGCUGGUGGCGCAGGGGGCACCUGUAGGAGGAACUCUCUGGAUAAAGCUGUUCCCAGCAAAGAGGGAAAACAGGUCCCUGCGCCAGCAGGGCCUGCUGCGUCCAGUCUGACCCUCCCUGUGCGCUCCAGACACGCGCUUCCCGCUGCCGACGGACGGGAGGCUUCUCUGGGAAACCGAAGUAGCAUGGUGGUGGAUGAGCGUGAACCUAUAUUCAAGAAGAAUCCCCGGAGGGUCGUGAGACCUGCGGAAUACACCAAGUCUGUGAUUGACCUGCGCCCGGAAGACCUUGUGGGGGAAAGCAGCUCUUUGGGGGACAGAAGCAAAUCGGUCCCCGGCCUCGCCACAGAGCUGGACGAGGAAGAGGAAGACAUCGAUAACCUGGUGGAGAUCCAUCGGCAGAGGGUGGCCCGGGGCAGCAUGCGCAGCGGCACGUCCUCGAGCACGCUGGGGAGCAUGGUCAGCAUCUACAGCGAGGCUGGUGACUUCGGGAACAUCGCGGUCACGGGGGGGAUCUCCUUCUCCCUGAGCUACGAGCAGAAGACGCAGACCUUGUUCAUCCACGUGAAGGAGUGCCGCCAGCUGGCCUACGGCGACGAGGCCAGGAAGCGCUCCAACCCGUACGUGAAGACCUAUCUGUUGCCUGACAAAUCCCGGCAAGGGAAACGCAAGACUACCAUCAAACGCAACACCAUAAACCCGCUGUACAACGAGCUGCUGAAGUACGAGAUUAAUAAGUCCCUCCUGCUUGCAAGGACACUACAGUUCUCAGUCUGGCACCACGAUCGCUUUGGCCGAAACACAUUCCUGGGGGAGGUGGAGAUCCCAAUGGACUCCUGGAACUUCGACAGCCACCUGGAGGAGUUUCUCCCCCUGCAUGGCAAGAUCGGCGCCGAUGCUGCUGGCCUCCACCAGUACAAAGGGGAGCUGGUUGUUUCCAUGAAGUACAUCCCAUCUCCCAAGCAUCCUGGGACUGGGAAUGGCAGGAAGGGCAAAAUGGGGGAAGGCGGUGAGCUCCAGGUCUGGAUCAAAGAAGCCAAGAACCUCACAGCAGUCAAAUCCGGGGGGACCUCGGACAGCUUUGUGAAGGGCUACCUCCUGCCACACAAAAACAAGGCCUUCAAGAGGAAGACUCCCGUAGUGAAGAAGACCUUGAACCCUCAUUACAACCACACCUUUGUCUACAAUGGCAUCAACCCAGAGGACCUGCAGCACAUCUGCCUGGAGCUGACCGUCUGGGACCGGGAGCCUCUAUCCAGCAAUGACUUCCUGGGAGGCGUUCGCUUGGGUGUGGGGAAUGGCAUGAGCAACGGGCAGGCUGUGGACUGGAUGGACUCUACAGGUGAGGAGCUGAACCUGUGGCAGAAGAUGCGCCAGUACCCGGGCUCGUGGGCAGAGGGAACACUCCAGCUCCGUUCCACCAUGGCAAAGCUGAGGCCAUAGGUGUGGCACGGCACCAGGACUGACCCUACAGCUGACACAGGCACUUCAGGGCUGUGGUC